AUGGCUUGGUUUGUUUGGACGCCAAGAAAUAAGCUGAAAUUUGAUGAGGUCCAAUGGGGUUCCAAUGCCAUUGCUACUCACUCUUACAGCUACUUACAAAAAUUGCACUGUCAUAGGAAACUUCCUGAAAUCCUAUGCACUUCCUCCCUCUUUGGUUCAAGGAAAUUUCAAACUAUCCUUGUUCACUGGAAUUAUCCUCCUAUGGGUUGGGUCAAAGUCAAUACUGAUGGUAGCUUCAUUUCUCCUUAUACUGGCUUUGGAGGAAUUUUUAGAAAUAUAAGAGGUGAAUGCCUACUAUAUUUUCAGUCUCCUGCCAAAGCUGAAGACCCUUUGGAAGCUAAAGCCCAAGCUGUUUAUUGGGCUGUUUUCUUGGCCAUAAAGUGCAGUUGGAAUCUCUUAAUGGUGGAAACUGACUCCAUGAUCUUACUUAACAUCCUGGAAGGAAGGAUUUCUUCCCCUUG